AUGACACAACACAGAAAUUUUACUGCUGUGUUUGCUUAUAUCCUAGCCUCAGUCGCGUACCGCGUCCAUAACUCCGUUUCUGAACCAAGGCUAGCCAAUUGCUUCCAAAAGACCUAUAGUCCAGUUACAGUGCCCGCUUUUUACAUUGAUGCCGUUGGAACGCCCGUAGAAAUAGCGAUUGAUAUCCCACAUAUAAUUAGGAGCCAUGCCAUGUUCUAUCCAUUUAAACAUAUAGCUUGGUUCCUGUUGCUCCUUGACUUAAUACACAAGCCAUUUAUUUUUGUUCUGAGUAGAUCCUCGAAGAUCACACAUAAAGGCGUUGUUCAAGGAAGCUCCUGCUUGAUCAACUUUAUAUCCUUGGUGGGCAGAUCCUUGAGGACAAACUUAGUGGCCACCUUGUCCUGGUCAAGCCGGACGCGGGCCUUUAUCAUCCGUAGAUCGCUAUUCAUAAUCAUCACCCAGUCGCACCGUGAGAAAUGA